GGUGUAUACGCGGUGGGACCAGCGAACCAGGUGGGAAACGACGUGGGUGGACCACGAUGGGCGGAGUUGGAGGCUCUAGAAAACUCCAUUUUGUUCGAGGAAGGCGGUCUCGGUGUUCCACCUUCCCCUCUACCAGGUGGGUACCACCUCGGGACACCUUCUCGAAGUGGAGGGAACGCGAACGCGAACAUUGCCGAACAGGAGUUCGCGAUACGCGUGUGCUCGCUGCUGGCCGGUUCUGCUUCUUCUCUAGUAGUCGCGUGGCUCCCUGGAAACCCGUGCUCCGUCCGCUUUACUCGUCCACUCUAUCUAUCGUCCGUCACCUGUCAACCGUCGUGCCACCGCGUUAGUUCGCGUCUGCCGCCUCUCGAGAUCUUUUCGAUCGUGUCGCGGAUCCUGGCUGUCGAAUCGACUCUAUACACUAUCGAUCGAAGAGUGUCCUGGCACGCGUCAGAUUGUGAAUCACGUCGACUGGUCAGCUCCAGAUAGUGUCCUCUUUAACGUCCAGAGAUCAUUGGUCGAGAAAUACCCAGGCGCUUGCACCGUUAGAUUGUGAAUUCCGAGUAUCGACUCGCCAGCUUUAGAUAAAGAAGUGCCCAGAGCCCGGAGACUGUUGGUCGAGAAAUCCUCUGGCGAUUCGAUUGUUAGAUGGUGGAUUGUGACUGUCGCGCGAUUCUAGACUUCUGAGAGCGUCGAUUUAAAGAUCCCUGACAUUUGGAGCAUAGUGAAUCGUAGCUGCCAUGUGACUCCAGCCUCCGUGAUCGUUGUCUCUAGUCUUUGGACUCCCGUGGACCCUAUCACUUGAUCCUGGAGUCCUUGUAUCGAGUCGAGGAAUUUUGAAACCUCGCUACAUGGUCCAUUAAAUCCCGACGAGUGACCGUGAGCCUCCGAUGAUACCCUUUAAGGAGCUAUAGACCCCGAAGAACUCUCGUGGGAGUCGAGAGGGACGCGCGGAGCGAUCUGGCAAGGGAGCGCAAAGAAUGAUCAAUGAUCGAGCGGUUGGCCCGCUCCGUUCACGGAACCAGAGCACCGCCUGUGAGUUCUCCGCCAAUGAGGACCCUUGGCGAGCCGUAAACACAACAAGAGAGGACGGGUGCGCCGUGACUCGAGCCCAGGUUCAUUGAUAUUUCCAGGUAACGCGAAAGCCGUUCUCGCGGUACACAACAGAGUACAAGGUGUAUACAGAGUAGUUUUUGCCGGGCGCCGAGUACAAGACGAGAGACACGUUUAGUCUGCAAUGGUACACGCCAGUGAUAACGAUCCAAUUCGCCAAGACAGUGAAUUUUCCCAUUUCCGAUUGGAACUGCAAGGAUCAACGAGACUGGAUCUAACAGUCGUCGAUACCGAAAGGUUUCGAACAAGUAGCAUAGUAGCAAACGAAGUCGAACGAUCGAAGUGGAACUGCAAGGAUGCGUACUGCUAGCAACACUGGGUUUAGACGAGGUCUCGAGCAAGUAUAGACGGAUAAAUACAGUUUCCAGUGUGAUUAAAUGGUACUAGAAGUGGAUGAGGUUGAAGUGGAGCUUCAAGGUCUCGAAAGGGUUCGAGAAACAUUGAAUCUCCGGCGAGAAUCUAUCACACUCGGAGUCGACCGACUAGCGAUAGAGCAUCACCGACCUAAACGUUCCUCGACACUGACAUAACAGUAUCGAUAUCGAAAGAGUCCAAGCGUCAGCACAGACAAUUACGCAUCAGAUUUCUGGUGCACGUCGACGUCGGUUACUCGAUACAAGAAUCUGGAGUUCCACCGACAGACUCGAUAAGCCGGGCAGAUAUCGUUCGAUGAUAUCGAGCGUCGCGAUUAGGAUCCUUUCCGUUCGUCGAACUCGAUACCGUGUCCGAGACCUUUCGAGGAUCGCCACGUACAGCGAACGCGACACCGGCGUCGACAUUCCGCGCGAAAUCACGGUUGACUCGAGAACGAGGAGGCUGCACGAGGGUUGAAAGGAUCUAUCGAUCGUCGAGCUGCGCGAGGAGAGAUCGAGUCGCGCGGCGUACGAUGCCGACAAAGAGGACGUUUCGGUUUCGAUUUCGAUCUCGAUUUCGACCAUCGGUGUGAAUCGCGAGAGAACGAUUAGCUUCUCGCUCCUUCCUUUGUUUCUUGUUUUUUUUUUAUUGUUUUUUUUUUUGUAAUCCCGAUCGCCUCGGUUUCCCACGAGUGGAAUAUUGUGCGAGUCAACGAUGGACCUGAGCACAACGCCGAGGAGAGCGACGGAGGGUGUGGGGGACCUUCAGAAAACGCGAGUCGCCAAGAGCGUCUUCAGCAUCCGCAGCUUGGUCGACGUCGAGGAAGCGGACCUGCCCGCCAACGACGACACGGACAGGGCGCAAAAUCAUUCGACGCGAGGAGGAGGCGUCGAGCAAGCUGUCCCGCAGACGAGUCCUGCGAGCAGCACGAGCAGCUCGAGCCAGGUGAAUCAGGUGAGCCAACCACCUCACCAGCAAUCGGCACCGCCACCCACGACCACGACACCUCAAUCCACUCAAAUGGGAAUCUCCACGGAAGAGUCGAGGCCCGAGGAGGAGAGCAACCACCCUAGAGCAGCGCCGACCAGCCCUGAGAGCGAGGCCGAGGCCGACGACUUUGCCCCGAAAAGGAAGCAACGCAGAUAUAGGACUACCUUUACCAGCUUCCAACUAGAGGAACUCGAGAAAGCUUUCUCGAGAACUCAUUAUCCCGACGUGUUUACCAGGGAGGAGCUCGCCAUGAAGAUCGGUCUCACGGAAGCGCGAAUACAGGUCUGGUUUCAGAAUCGACGGGCAAAGUGGCGGAAACAGGAGAAGGUCGGGCCCCAGGCGCAUCCGUACAAUCCGUACUUGGGAUCAGGUGCACCGCCACCAUCGGCGGUCGUGGCGCCGACCUUGCCGAACCCUUUCGCCCACCUGGGCACGUUUGCCCUGCGGAAACCCUUCGACGCGUUUCGUUACCCACCUCUGGGUCACGGACCGGUCCUUCCUGGUAGUUACACCGGUCAUCCCUAUCAUCGGGCACCGCCACCUUUGCUACCGCCCGGAAUGCCUCUGCCUUACACGUCGGCGGCGUCCUUCCAGAGCCUUCUGGCCAACAUAUCGGCGGCCCAGAGGCCGAAAUUGGUGCGAGGCUCGCCCCCGCCGCCGCCACCGCCACCUCCGGCACCGGCGAUCAGUCUGCCGCAUCCUCCGGUCCCUCAGCCACCUCCGACGGCCAGCUCGCCGCAAGGUUCACCCACGGGUAGCGUCGGGCUGCCGGACAUCGACAGACGGACCAACAGCAUCGCCUCCCUCAGACUGAAGGCCAGGGAGUACGAGCUUCACCUGGAGAUGUUACGCAAGAACGGCGACCUGAUCAGCUGAAGAGGUCCCCAGCCUAAAGGAACCUAGGUACGACCAUCGCUCCUCGUGAUUCUACCAUCGGUGCCUACGCCUCGACGCCGCUACGGUAGAUCCCACCGCGAAGCGUCGAUCCAUCGUGAUCUCUUGCCGAAUAUCGAAUAUCGCCGUUCCCCUUCCCCCUCUCGAUCGAGUGAACUCAACCUGCCUCGACGAGAGUGUCGAGCACUCGUAUCGCGGCGAGACACGAGCCAAAGAACUCACCCCGAAAUGGUCGGACGCUUCGUACUUAUUUUUUAGUAGCGUGUACGCGAAGAAAGGUCGAACGUUAUCCUCCUGUGAUCACCCGUGCCUUUGUUACGCAAUCUAACCUUAGGAACGUUUGUAUAGUUUCGAAUCGCAUGCGGGCGCCCCCCUCACCGAAUGAAUCGGAGACGAUAAUCGUGAACCGCAAUGUGUUCUCGGGGCACGUCCUAUCGUCGUUCGUUCGCCGCCUGUCAUGGCAUUCGGUAACUUUCUCGAUUGAUUAAGGACGACUGGCUUCGCGGAAACGAUUCCUUCGCGAGAGACCUCGAGCUCCGGCGGAAAUACGACGAUUCAGGCGUUCGCAUCUGCGUCGACAACGAGGACGACCGUUUCGGAAGACUCGAUGCGAAUCAGUUUCUGGACGGUCGUUGGCGUUGUCGUUGCUCUUUCGCGCGGAUCGCGAACCAACGAAUCGUCCGAUUCCCGUUCGUUGACCCUUUCAUUACCACGUUAACGAAAACCGAAACCGGAGAAACAUCGAACACAAUUUUAGGACUUAUUUCGUAUUAUUUUAAUUGCAAGUAAUUUUGUGAUAAUCGGCGUCGCAACGCUCUAUAUAUAAACAGUAUUUCAAGGAUGUCAUAAUUUCCCUAACUUAUAUUUGCAAGCGACACUCGAACGUCGUACCGUAACGACGUAUCUAAACAACUGUUAACGAUUCACAUCCACUUUGUCGCCAGGUUUUAAAGAAAUGUAUUUUAAAUGACCGUAGUAAAAUUCUAUUUUAUGCAAAAAUACGGGCGCUAUCUGUACGGAACUAAUAGGUAUUGAUACAUAUUCACAGGUUCGAAGAUAUAGGUGGCAUUCGAUUGGAUGAUUUUAAAUACGUAACCGCGUGGCUGCAGUGAGAAUGAAAGGGUUGAGAGAAGAACGAUAUACCUGUCCAUGUACAAACGAGUUUCUUCAACCUUCUCGCUGAACGUCACAUUGCCGACUACGCACGUUCGAACGGUAGCGGGAAAAGAGAGAGAAAGAGGAGGAAAGUGAAACUGGACGUUUAUCGCGUCUAAUACUGUAUAUAAUUUACAGUAUCGGCUAGGCGACGCGUUCAGCGUUUGGAUGAAAUUCUCGAGAAACGUCUUUGAAACUUUGCAUCUCGAGAUCCGCGUGGAUUCGCAAUCAGUCCACCGCGAGGCAUACAUUUUGCGAAAUUUAGGCACUUAUUAUGUCGCGCGAUUCGCACGGCUGGAAAUUCUGAAUCGUCACGGCAUUUCGAGUUCGCAAUUGUCCAUGGAUACGUCCGUCGAUUUCAAAGAUGAUUCGCGAACGCAACCGUUCGUUUCGCGCCGAUCGUUGAAUCGAAAACGUCGUAUUUGCGAUUCCAAAAGUAACAUUUAAGUAAACGUCAUCGAAAGAUGUCCGUCCAGAUAAAAUUCUCGACGUCGCGACGAGAAACGCUGUAAGACGUUUUGUUUGUUUGUUUUUUUUUUAACUAACUCUGUUGCGAACACUUUUUAACCAAAAAUCGAGUCGUACAACGCGGAAGGUCUCGCCGGCUGUUUAUGAAUUGAGAAUCGAAGGAAUGUCAUCGUCGCGACAGGGAGCGUUUGGUAGAUGGCUGAUCGAAGGCAGCCCGUAAUUUGUUUACUUUUACAACAAACCGUCGCACAUUCUCUUAGAUAAGGUAAACGUACUAUUUAUAUACGCGUUCUUUAAUCAGAAUAUUCAACGAUAUUGCGAUAAGUUUUACGACUGUAUAAGCAUUUUUUAGCGUGUAAGUUGCCUUGUAAAUAAUUAAAACGACGUGUGCGAAAACUUUGCGAAGAGACCUCGCGGUUCGUUCGUCCCCUGGGAACGAAGAAGAUAAUAACGAGGUUUCGAAAUUCGAUUACUCUCUCGCAUGAUCCCCGGCGUUCGAUGCGAAAACAGAAUUUACGCGCAAAAUAGCGAAUCGUGGAUCGCGCCGGCGACACGAUUAUGGAAACCCACCGUUUCCCAGAACGUUGACGUUGAUGGGCCGAUCGAGAGCAUAAUUACGUAUCAUCGUUGUAAUCGGGGAUCUCGAACGAAACGGAGGGAAUGGCAACGUCGUCGAACGAUUAUCUCGUUUCAUUUUUCACGAGUAAAACGAACAUUGGUGUCCAUUGUACGUAAUCUUAUUAACCCUUUUACCUUCGUUUUCUUCUACGACGAAUAAAUGACUACGAAAAGAGAUAAAAAGGGAAAUGAGAA